GAGUAGUUGUUCAACUAAAGCAAAAAAAAACAUGUGGGUAUUGUGGAGGAUAUAGUGGAAGAUGUGUAGUUUGUGCAUCUGCUCCUGUGUGUUGCUCAGCGAGUGUGCACUGAAAGGAAUCUCCACUUCAGGGCUCUUCACAGUGACUGGCCACAGGGAAGGGGGUGUGGUUUAAACUCACAGUUUAAAGCACUAUAGCAAGUGGUCAGGGGUCUAAUGAAAGGCGAGCACAUGCAGUCUGGCACCAUCAACCUUAGGACACACUACCUCUCAUUCCUGAUGGCUUUUUCUCCUCCUACCACUGAGAGGUAAUAAAAGGAACCUGCAGAACCUCAAGAGAGCUGUUUACACUUGGAUGCUGCUAGAAGAAGACAGCCAAUCAGAUAGAGAUAAGAUUAAAGAAGCCCUGAAAAUCCAAGGGGGUUUAUUUGUAAGUUUAAGAUAACUCGCUCUACAGUGAAGAUGCUGAAUGUGGACCUACUAGUUUUAAGCUUGUGCCUUGGUCUGGGAACUGGAUUCAGUGCUGCUGAGAAAACACAAUAUCAAAUCCAAAAUGGCCCUUGCAGCUAUACGUUUCUGCUGCCUGAGCAGGAUAACUGCCAAACUCAGUAUAACAACUACAACUAUCCUGUCCAGAAGGACGGACCUACGGACAACGAGUCAAUUCAGAGGCUGGAACAACUGGAGAUCAGCAUGGAGAACAACACGCAGUGGCUGCUUAAGCUUGAGAGCUACAUACAGGACAGCAUGAAGCAGGACAUGAUCCAAAUCCAACAGACUGCUGUACACAACCACACGGCUACAAUGAUUGAAAUCGGGACAAACCUGCUAAGUCAAACUGCUGAGCAAACAAGGAAACUGACCAACGUGGAGGCACAGGUUAUUCAUCAUACAACUCGGAUUGAGCGCCAGCUUCUUGAAAACUCUUUGUCAACCAACAAGUUGGAAAAGCAACUAAUUGUCCAAACAAAUGAAAUCAACAAACUGAAUGACAAGAACAGUUUUCUAGAGAAGAAAGUAAAAGAGAUGGAGGAGCAGAGGCAGGUGGAGAUGAAGACGCUUCAAGAAGAAAAGGAGCAGCUCCAGACUCUGAUACUGAAGCAGACGGCUAUCAUCGGCGAGCUGGAGCAGCAACUGCUCAAAGUCUCAACCAACAACACAGCCCUGCAGUAUCAGCAGCAGGAGCUACUGGACACUGUGAACAACCUCAUUUCUAACAUCGCUUCUGGCACCGCUCGAGGGCCCAAAACUGUCAUGAUGCGGGACACACCUACUACAUUCACGGACUGUGCUGCCAUCUACAAAUCAGGAAAUACCAACAGUGGUGUCUACACGCUAACAUUACCCAACAAUACAAUGGAGGUUAAGGCUUUCUGUGACAUGGAGACAGAAGGAGGUGGCUGGACGGUUAUACAAAAACGCUUUGACGGUCGUGUUGACUUUCACCGUACGUGGCAAGAGUACAAAAAGGGAUUCGGAGAACCUUCCGGAGAAUUCUGGUUAGGAAAUGAAUUUGUCUCCAGACUGUCAAAUCAACAGUCCUACAAAUUAAGGAUCCAGCUGAGUGACUGGGAAGGAAACUCUGGAUUCUCACAAUACGACCAAUUUUCUCUUGACAAUGAAGCACAAAAUUACAAGAUACACCUUAAAGGCUACAGCGGAACGGCAGGCAAAAUAAGCAGCAUUGGGCAGCCAGGAAGUGAAUUCAGUACAAAGGAUGCAGACCAUGACAAAUGUGUUUGCAAAUGUUCACAACUGACAACAGGAGGCUGGUGGUUUGAUGCCUGUGGUCCAUCCAACUUGAAUGGGAUGUAUUACCAAAAGGGCCAAAACGCCAAUCGCUUCAAUGGAAUCAAAUGGUACUACUGGAAAGGCUCAGGCUAUUCACUGAAGACCACUACAAUGAUGAUCAGACCAGCAGACUUCUCGGGUUCCCUUUGAACAGUCAGAUUAAAGAAAAUGGGAAGCCUGCCUGACAACAAGCAACAAACAACAAGACCAAAAAUAAAAAUUCUCAAGGGAUCCAAAACACUUUGUGCGUAUAUUUUUAUACACCUUUGUGCAUCUUUAUGUGGUAGAUUUUAAAAUAUGGACAGUCACAGCAAUACACAUAGCUGUAGUAUUUACAGUUGUUUGAAUAGUAAUUAAAAUUAGUAACAGAACUCGCCUGAAAAAGAUUAAAAGUAAAGAAAAGACAGGAGAAACACCCCUCAACCAUGUCAGUAAGGCCUCAUAAAUAAAUACACAUCACAAAUAUUUAUCUUAAAACUCCUAUAUCGGUCAGGCUCUAUUCAGCAACAUCAGCUAGCUUAUCAGAUUAAUUUAAUUUCUUUGCAUCACUUUAACAGUUGAACUAUUUUUUAAAAACAGCUGCCAAUGUCAUUGUAUAAUACAGACGAUGGUACAAUAUGCUGAUAAACAUCUGGUGAAAGUUAUUUUUUUUGCAUUGUGAAUGUUUUUCAAAAUGUAAAUGUUAAUGUAAAAAUACCACAAAAUGUUUCUCUCAUGAUAAUACCAUUUUGCUAUAGAGAUUAUAUGUACAUUUGUUGUUUAAUUUAUAAGUAGAUUUUAAGGUUGGUUUUAAACUUUAUCAUAUAAGAAAGGAAAUUUCUUAUAGCUAGUUAUUAAUUUUAUUGCACAUGAAGGGAAAUUAAUUAUUUUAAUAUAAUUCUACAGUAGUGGGAAUGUUUUUUAAUCUGCAUUUUUAUGUAAUGGUUCUUUUGAAGCUACAACAAACUACAACAAAGAAAAAUUGGACAAGUUCGGAAGUGUAACUUUUCACCAGUUAACACUGGCUUUAGGAGAUUAGGACAUGUAAUGCUUGAGCAGCUGUUAUAAACCUCAUAUUGAAUGUUUAAAAUCAACCACAAGACAGAGAGAUUGCUUCUGCAUUGUAGUGGGUGACAUAAUAGUUAAGCAUAAGUCAUGUGACAAAGAAUAAACAGCCUUGUGGAUGCUGAUCUGCCAUACAGCUAAAGUGUUGUUUAAGAUCUUUCAAAUCUUUCUGUCAUUUUAUCUUUUCCAAAAUACACAAUAAAUUCUAC